AUGCGGGCGGCGGCGGGGCCCUUCCUGCUGCUCUGCGCCCUGGGGACCUGCCCCGUGGCGCGCUGCGGCCGGGCAGGGGACGCCUCGCUGGCGGGGCUGGAGAGGAGGAAGGAAAACCGCUUCCUGGAGCGCCAGAGCACCGUGCCCCUGCGCCUCGUCUACCGCGCGGGCGGCGGGGACGAAACUCGCCACGACGAGCUGGACACGCGGGUGCGGGGCCACCCCGGCGGCCGGCAGUUGACUCACGUUGACCAGGCGAGCUUCCAAGUUGAUGCCUUCGGAGCCUCCUUCGUCCUUGAUGUCAGGCUGAACCAUGAUUUGCUGUCUUCUGAGUACAUAGAGAGAUACAUUGACCAUGGAGGCAAGACUGUGGAAGUUGAAGGAGGAGAGCACUGUUACUACCAGGGCCAUGUCCGAGGAAACCCUGCCUCGUUCGUUGCCUUGUCGACAUGCCAUGGACUUCACGGGAUGUUCUAUGACGGGAACCACACAUAUCUCAUUGAGCCAGAAGAAAAUGAGACCUCCCAAGAGGAUUUUCAUUUCCAUUCGGUUUACAAGUCCAGGCUGUUUGAACUUCCCUUGGAUGAUCUUCCAUCGGAAUUCCAACAAGUAAACAUCAGUCUGCCAAAAGUUACUUUGAAGUCAAGACCAAAAAGGAGUGUGCGGCAGCUCCUUCGACAUCCUCGUAACGUGGAAGAGGAAACCAAAUACAUUGAGCUGAUGAUUGUGAAUGAUCAUCUUAUGUUCAAAAGACACCGGCUGUCUGUGGUACACACCAAUACCUAUGCAAAAUCUGUGGUGAACAUGGCAGACUUAAUAUAUAAAGACCAACUUAAGACAAGGAUAGUAUUGGUUGCCAUGGAAACCUGGGCGGCUGACAACAAGUUCGCCAUAUCUGAAAAUCCAUUGAUCACCCUACGUGAGUUUAUGAAAUACAGGAGGGAUUUUAUCAAGGAGAAAAGUGAUGCAGUGCACCUUUUUUCGGGAAGUCAAUUUGAAAGUAGCCGGAGCGGGGCAGCUUACAUUGGUGGGAUUUGCUCGCUGCUGAAAGGAGGCGGCGUGAAUGAAUAUGGGAAAACUGACCUAAUGGCGGUUACACUUGCUCAGUCAUUAGCCCAUAAUAUUGGUAUUAUCUCAGACAAAAGAAAAUUAGCAAGUGGUGAGUGUAAGUGUGAGGACACGUGGUUGGGAUGCAUCAUGGGCGACACUGGCUAUUAUCUUCCUAAAAAGUUCACCCAGUGUAAUGUCGAAGAGUACCAUGAUUUCCUAAAUAGUGGAGGCGGUGCCUGCCUUUUCAACAAGCCUUCUAAGCUUCUUGAUCCUCCAGAGUGCGGUAAUGGCUUCAUCGAAACUGGAGAGGAAUGUGACUGUGGGACCCCUGCAGAGUGUGUCCUUGAAGGGGCUGAGUGUUGCAAGAAAUGCACCUUGACCCAGGACUCCCAGUGCAGUGAUGGUCUCUGCUGUAAAAAGUGCAAGUUUCAGCCCAUGGGGACCGUAUGCCGAGAAGCCGUGAACGACUGUGAUAUCCGUGAAACAUGCUCGGGAAAUUCAAGCCAGUGUGCCCCUAACAUUCAUAAAAUGGAUGGAUAUCCAUGUGACGGUGUUCAGGGAAUUUGCUUUGGAGGGAGAUGUAAAACCAGGGAUAGACAAUGCAAAUACAUCUGGGGACAGAAGGUGAAGGCAUCAGACAAAUACUGUUACGAGAAACUGAACAUCGAAGGGACGGAGAAGGGUAACUGUGGGAAAGACAAAGACACAUGGAUUCAGUGCAACAAACGGGAUGUGCUUUGCGGUUACCUUUUGUGCACUAACGUCGGUAACAUCCCACGGCUUGGAGAACUCGAUGGUGAAAUCACGUCUACCGUGGUUGUGCAGCAGGGGAGGACGUUAAACUGCAGUGGCGGGCAUGUGAAGCUGGAAGAAGACGUGGAUCUUGGCUAUGUGGAGGAUGGGACACCAUGUGGUCCCCAAAUGAUGUGCUUAGAACACAGGUGCCUCCCUGUGGCGUCUUUCAACUUCAGCACUUGCUUAAGUAGUAAAGAAGGCACUGUCUGUUCAGGAAACGGAGUGUGCAGUAACGAGCUGAAGUGUGUGUGUAACAGGCACUGGACAGGUGCUGACUGUAACACUUAUUUCCCUCACAAUGAUGACACAAAGGCUGGGAUCACUCUGUCUGGUAAUGGUGUAGCUGGCACCAAUAUCAUAAUAGGCAUAAUAGCUGGCACCAUUUUAGUGCUGGCCCUCAUAUUAGGAAUAACUGCAUGGGGAUAUAAAAACUAUCGAGAACAGAGGUCCAAUGGGCUCUCUCACUCAUGGAGUGAAAGGAUUCCAGACACAAAACAUAUUUCAGACAUCUGUGAAAAUGGACGACCUCGAAGUAACUCUUGGCAAGGUAACCUGGGAGGCAACAGAAAGAAAAUCAGAGGCAAAAGAUUUAGACCUCGGUCUAACUCAACUGAGCAUCUCCGCAACUGUGCCCAUACCAAUAUUCACUGACAGUGGGGUCUCACCCUCGCUGUGGGGUUUUGCUCCAGUCACCUGCCAUUGUGGUGUCUUGGUUCCGUUUGAAGGGAAUUUUGAUAACAUUCCUUUCUUCUCAUCACCUGGGGGUCCAGCCAUCUCAAAGGGUCACCCUUCCGCUCCCCGGUACCCACACAGCCUGGAAGCAUCAGGGAGAGCUUCCCACGUACCAGAGCAUGGGACUGACUGCUCACGAUCUGAAACCGCCACCCCAGGUCUUCAUGGCUGCCAUCUAAGCAUUCUCUCAGACUAGUGGAAUCAGGCUCCCUUUUAAAUCUCCCUUCCAAGGACAUUUAAAAGGGCAUCCACCUAAACUUGCACUUUAACGGAAUCAUUGUCACUACAGGCAACAUUGUCUGUUCUUAAAUGAUAGCCACAAAUGAUUUUGUGUUUAGAGGGAGUGGGACCGGAAGUUGUAUUUAAAGUCUUGUUAUAAUGAAGUAAACACCACACACUUUGUUUGUUUCUCCACAAUGCAAGCACAAGCAAAACAAAGCUUCCUCAAACCUGUUCUUCCCUGCACGGAAUGAAACACACGCUGGGAACCCUUCUGGACUGACCCUGCCAUCUGGUUUUAAAUCACCCACUAUUUUUUUUAAUCCUACUUAAAUGUAAUCAUCUGUUUCUGCCUGUAGCGGUAGUUAUUAUUCCCAGGAUCUCUGUUGCUUCUUCAUGCCUUAAUACCUAAGCAGUCUGAAUAGCAGGCGUUGUUGGCUAACUUGUCAGAAACUUACGUUAGCUUUUCCAUCAUAUAUCCUGCCCUUUUCAGUCCAGGAAUAAUAACGUUGCCCUGAAAUUUGGACUGUCCACCUGAAUGGUACUGUGUUGUAAAUGUCUCUUCUAAGUUUCCCGAGGAUACCUCCCCAUAGAACGGAUAGAUUCAAAUGAUACCAUUGCAUGGUCUAGAAUGGCAUCAUAGAACUCCAUCCCAAGGAACUAAUCUGGAGAGUUUAUCUAGAGAUGCUUUAAGGCUCAUUGUUGAUAAACUCUUCCUGGAAUGUGACUUAGUUUGUUUUGCAUGAAGUCACGUGGUCCAGUCUCCUUAGCCUGUCUCCUAAAAGUAGGGAUAAAACUGUAAGACAUUCUUCAGAUCUUCCCUUGUGUACAGUUUAGUGUUCU